UUGGCAAUAAGCUGAUGAACGAAGAUAUGUCUGACGACCAGAUCAUCCGUUGUUUCCUGGUUGUGGCAUUAUCAACAUUCCUUUGCCCGACAUCAAACACUAAACCAAGCACCAAAUAUAUGGGAGCUCUAGUUAAUGUGGAGCAACUCAAGCAACUAAAUUGGUGCAGGUUUGUUCACGAUUGGUAGUUGAUGUAUAUAAAGAAAUACCAAAAGGAAAAGCUGAAGCAGAACCGAACAAUGAUGACUCUAGGAGGAUGUAUAUACCACCUAGCAGUCCGUUGCCUUGAUUUUACUGAUUUUGGCUCAAUUCAAAUCCCAUCUUUGAUGCCCAGGAUAUGUGUUUGGAAGGGAGAUAUGGUCAAGCAUUUAAGUGACAUGACCAUUGGAAGAGACGGAAAGUAUGGAUGUCUGACAAUAAAAGAAGUAUCAGAAACCUACUAUAAGGAUGGAACACAUGAGUGGGCAAGUACAAUUAAGAAUUCAAAUUUCAGGAAAGCGAUAAACAAUGUUGCAGGGAAUUCUUUGUCUGACAAGGUCAAAGAGGAUAUCUUCCUCGCUUACGAAAACCAUAUGAAGAAUGAAGACCUAAAUACUUGCAUCAAAGCUAAAGGGCUUUUGCUAGACUCGAUCCGCAUCAUAACCAAUGCCUCUGGUGAAUCAGGUGAUACAGUUAAAGUGGGCUCAACAGGAACUGAAUUGAAUGCAAGCCAACAAUCCAACAACUCAGGAGACACUGUCAAACUACAAUCGACUGAACUUCAAGAGGAAAAUGAUGGAGGGCAUCUGGUGCAAAGGAAAAGAAGGAAAACGAAUGUUCUAUCAACUAGCCAACAGUCUGCUGGUUCUUCUGUAUCAAAAACAAAUGCUGGAAAAGGGAGCAGAAAUGAAGCUGAUGGGUUUUGUAGCAGCCCUCCUAAAGUCCAUGAAAUAGGCAAGCUGAAGUCUGACUCCGUAGCACAAUGUCAAAGAGAGCAUUCCUCAAAGGACCCCAUGCCGGAAAUGUGUGCUCCAGCCGCAUCAACUUUCACUCCAGGAAAUCAAGAUGGAGCAAUUUUGAUACAAUACAAAAGGAGGAGGAUAGAUGCCCAAUCAAGCAGCGAACCACAUGAUCCCUGUUCAAUCAAGCAUAAGAAGCCUUUGGAAGCUCUUUUGAAGGAAGACAAAAAAAUCCCCUCAAAACAGGGUGAAGAAAAGGAUGAAGUCCACACUCUAGAUAAUCAACAAGAGAAAAGCAGCAGCCUCAACUACAUGCUUAUUGGAGAAGCAAAAGAGAACCACGUUCAAAAUGUAGCAGAGAGUGCCAAGGAGGACAUCCCAACAGAGCUCAUUCAGUCCAAAAUAAUUUUCACGGAAUCAAAGCGAACAACAUUUUCUGGUUUUCAAAACACAUCAAUUCAGGAAUUGGACCUGCAGAGGAAAAAUUCCAGGGGGCGCCCGGAUAACCUGAGCAUAGACAUUAAUGUAAAAGCGCAACCAGAGAGUGGGACACAUACAGAUGAGGUUUUCGCAAGAGGCUAUAAAAUCAUUAGCGACUUUCUAGACAAGGCAAGAGAAAAAUAUUUCUUUGCCGAGGAUAGCACCCCCUCAUUCAGGAUCUCUGAAGAUGUGGAUGAAUGUGGAAAUAUAAUCGAAGAACAUGAAUUGUGGAGGCCUGUAUGGAUGAAGGAUGAGUGUUACAAUAAAAAGCAACGAAGUUGAAGAUCGCCAGAAACUUCAAGGAAGUACAACCAGAAGAACUUGACAUUUGUGUGCAAGGGAAUACAAACUUGAAGAAACAGGGGAGCAGUAGUUCAAACUACGAGCUAAGCAUUCAGUGCGCCCAAAGGGAAGUACAGAGAAGUUUGUUGUGUGAGACGCCACACCCCCCAAAACCAGUUGAGGAGAUUGUUGAUUUGACAACACCUGAAGUUCAAAUGUCAACUGGGUGGAAUCACAGGCAAACUUGCUACUCACCAUGCAAAAAUAAUAACGAGUACACAGCCGAGACUCCCCCACUCAAAAUGAGGAAGGACUACUCCAUGGUUCCAAUAAUAGGAAAAAGGUUAUUUCCAGAGGAGGAAAGCUGUCAACAAGAAUCCAGCGGCAGCAAAAGGAAUCCAGUACAUCUAAUGGAAGAAAAAACUUCAGGACAACUCAAAAUUCAUGGAGAAAACAUGUUUAGGCAAGAGCGCAGCACAUUGGUCAACAGAACUGAUGAUUUUUACAACACAAAUCUCUCAUUAGGAAGGCCAAGCAGUUUCCGUGGAAAAGAAAAUGUACCACCAAAGAGGAUUGUCCAACCAAGCAGGUACCGUAGCUCACCAUACGACUGCAGCGAGAGGGGCCCAAUAAUGCCACACGAGAGAAAGAUGUAUGAGAACAUAACAUCCUUGGCCAAUGUUGAAGGAUCCAAACCUGCAGUUUUGAUUGACAAAACCGUCGCCACAUUUGGAGAAUUGGGUAACUCGAUGAAAAUAGAUGGCCGGGUCCAGGCCUAUGUCAUAAAUGUCUAAUGUAGGCACCUAUUUAAUGAAAAUCAUCCUAGGAACUCACUCAAGCACUAUUUCUUCCACACUGCAUCUGAAUAUUUCCUGGGCAAAUGGAAAAAUGAUGAGGCAAGAAUUUGGUGGAGGAAGAAACUGAUUACGAGUUUCAUUGGAGCUGGAAAAGCACAUAAUCUUUCGAUGUCAGACAAGUUGUACUUUCCAACACUACACGAGGAACAUUACUUUCUGUUCGUCGUCGACAUCAAGGGUCGCACGUUUUAUUUUCUGGAUUCUUUGUAUGAUGAGAAGAGCUCAUAUCAUAUGAACAUAAAAAAGAAGAUUAUCUCAAGCUUUAUAUGCACUUGGUACGAAGCUCGGCUUGAGCCAAUGGAUUUCAAUGCAUUCCCUGCUGUUUACCCUAAAGUCCCUCAACAAGAUAACGAUAUUGAUUGUGGCAUUUUCACUAUGAAACUAAUGGGAUGGUGCCCAAGGAAUCCAACCCCUAUAGUUUUUUCACCAAAAGAUGUCCCAGAUGCAAGGAUCCGAUAUGCUGUUGAUCUCAUGUUCAGCCACUACAACACUUUGGAUGACGAGAAGAAGCGUGUCAAGGAGUUCUGCCUAUAGACAUGAAAAAGUGCUGACAGCUCCUAAAAGACACCACUCACAGUGACAAGAGGAGCUGUAUCAAGAGUCAUAUCAGCAAAAUCAAAGGAAAGAGGAGUUGUAUCAAACACAUAGUUAGCAAUUGUUUAAACAUUUUCGAGAUGUUUUUCUAUUUUUUGUAUGAACACAGAAUGUACACCCUUGUUGCUGUAGAACAUAUAUAUGCCCCCUCUAUUAUUUUUUGUUUUGUUCUUUUUCACUCGGUAAUGUGGUGAAACACAGGAACUAUAACAGUGUUUUUCCUCA